ACUGUUGCUCUGAUCUCAAUGUCGAGUUUGUGACAGGAAUUAUCAUCGCAUUUGAUUGGCACAACGCCUCAUUGACGUGACAUCAGCGGGCAAGCGGGACAUAUAUAUAUAUAAAGCCCCCUUUCAAUUAUUUUAGUCAGCAGGAGCAGGAAAAAGUGUUUAAAAUAACCCUACUGAAUUUAUAUAUAAACCCUGCUUCUUCAGUCUGGAUUGUCUGUUUGCUGUGCGUGUGUCUUUAUAUAUAUAUAUAUAUAUGGGCUUUGAGACAUGAUGGACUUUGGUAAAGCGCUGAAUGCCCGCGGCUUUGUGAGUAAACCGGACAACUUGCUUGGAAUCUGUCCCCCUUUUGGUUGCAUUCUCAGUACAGAGGUCUGAAAACAAUGUUUGGCCCCCUCUCCGCCUCCUGUUGAUCGGCGAGAAGGGGUGUACUGUCCGCUGGAAAUCUUCCCAAUGCCCGGACAAGAGAGAGAGAGAGAGAGUGAAAGUGUGUGGAUUAACAGCGAGCAAUGCAGAGGAUAGGGGAGAACGGAGCGGAGCUGGUUCGGUUGCCGGUCCCAGGAGAGGAAUAAAUUGACGGACUCCUGCGUUGUGAGACUCGGGAGGGAUAAACUAAGAGCCAGGCACGGAAACGAACUCCCCGCCACCUCCCACCCUCCCUCCACAUCAACAACCCUCCCUCCCUUCCUAGAUGCUAGAAAACAAGGCAGCCGCGGAGAGGAGGGAAAUAAUCGCCUGAACUUUAUCUCCCCCCUCCCAAAAGCAGAUGUUCCGGCGCCUUCAUUUGCGGGAGGGGGGGACCAGAACGAACCGAGGACGGAGUUAGCGGACCUGCCCGCGUUUCAAUGGACCGCUGCUUUCUCUGAGCUGGGCGCCUGUUGUAGGGAAAGGUAACGCGGGCGCAGGAAGGAGACGAGACACGAUGACCGCCGGUAGACGAUCUCUGAUGGCGCUAUUGCUCUGUCAGGUUUUAUUCGGGGGUUCGGCCGGACUCAUCCCCGAGGUGGGCCGCAGGAGAUUCGCCGAGCAGUACGCCAAUUCCGGCCGGGCACAGCCUCCCCCGCAGACCGAGGAGCUGCUGCAGGAGUUCGAGCUGCGGCUCCUCAACAUGUUCGGCCUCCGGCGCCGCCCUCACCCCGCCAGGAACGCGGUCAUCCCGCAGUACAUGGUGGACCUGUACCGGCUGCACUCGGGCGAGGAAGCCGAACGGGGACAAGCGACCGACGCCUGGGUGCUCUCCCAGUUCCCCGAGAGGUCGGCCAGCAACGCCAAUACCGUCAGGAGCUUCCACCAUGAAGGUAAGGUGAAGCGAGGCAGUUCACCUCAGUGACCUCUCUCUCUCUCACACACACACACACACUCUGCCCCAAGUUCUCUCAGUCUGGGGGAUAAGAUCAAAACCUGUCAUACAACUCGUCCCUGGGCAACAAUGUAGCCACAUAUGACACACAGGUAACUCCAGUCCCAUCGGAGGUAACUCCACGCACGAAUAUAUAUGUAU